CAGGCACAUGGCAAAACUCAAUAAUGUGUUGACACUUGGUCAGAAAGGAAUUAAGACCAGGAAGGCAGCAGCCAAGGAUCAGGGGAGACCCCAUUUCUGUCUGAAAUGUGUUUAGGGAGUCUAGUGCACACCCUAGCCCUAGGGAAACCAGAGCUAGGCUCUGAGAAACUUCCCCUUCCUGUGGGGCUGGUGAUGUAACAACCCGUGACAGGGAGGACCCAGCCUCCAAGUGCCAAAUCCUGUCUGUCCGUCUGUCCUGUGGACACCGUGGUCUGCUCAUCUGCACAGCUGGGGCCAAUGGGAGGAGACGCCAUGACCCCCACCCUCACGGCCCUGCUCUGCCUCGGGCUGAGUCUGGGCACCAGGACCUGUGUGCAGGCAGGGACCCUCCCUAAGCCCACCCUCUGGGCUGAGCCAGCAUCUGUGAUCACCUGGAGCAGCCCUGUGACCAUCUGGUGUCAGGGGACCUUGGAGGCCCAGGGGUACCGUCUGGAUAAAGAAGGAAACUCAGUGUCCUGGGACAGACAGACACCACUGGAGCCUGGGAACAAGGCGAAGUUCAACAUCCCACACAUGACAGAGCACUAUGUAGGGCGAUAUCGCUGUUACUAUUACAGCCCUGCUGGGUGGUCAGAGCCCAGUGACCCCCUGGAGCUGGUGGUGACAGGAUUCUAUGCUAGUAAACCCACCCUAUCGGCCGUGCUGAGCCCUGUGGUGACCCCAGGCAGAAAAGUGACCCUACAGUGUGUCUCACAGGUGGAAUUUGACAAGUUCAUUCUCACUAAGGAGGGAGAACAUUUCUCCUUGGCUGAGGACUCACAGCGAACUUCCUAUGGGCAGUCCCAGGCCCUGUUCCCUGUGGCCCCCGUGCCCCCCAGCCACAGGUGGACAUUCAGAUGCUAUGGCUGUUACAGGAACAACCCACAGGUGUGGUCACAACCCAGUGACGCCCUGGAGCUCAUUGUCUCAGGACCCUCGGUGCACCCCAGCCCCCCAGCCACAGAGCACCCCACAACACCUGGUCAGGGAAGGUUCCUGGAGGUUCUGAUCGCGGUGUCGGUGGCCUUCGUCCUGCUGCUCUCCUUGCUCCUCUUCCUCCUCCUCCUCCGACACCGGCAUCGGGGCAAACACAGGUCGUCGGCCCAGAGGCAGGCUGACCUCCCACGUCCUGCGGGGGCCGCGGAGCCAGAGCGCAAGGACAGAGGCCUGCGCAAGAGGUCCAGCCCCGCUGCCGACGACCAGGAAGAAAACCUCUAUGCUGCCGUGAAGGACACACAGCCUGGGGAGGAGGUGGAGCUGGACAGCCGGGCUGCCACAUCUGAAGACCCCCAGGAUGUGACCUACGCCCAGCUGCACAGCUGGACCCCCAGACGGGGGACAACUGCACCUCCUUUGUCCCAGGAGAGAGAACCUCCAGCUGAGCCCAGCGUGUACGCUGCGCUGGCCAUCCACUAGCCCAGGAAGGAACCAGACCCCACCCUGCAUGGAGGGAGACUUGGGGACCCUGCAAAGCACAGGAGCUGCCCCCAGGACACUAACCAGCGAACCCCAGCCUGGAACCCUGACAAAGACUACUGGGAAGUUCUGGAAACCUUUUGGAGUUGCCUAAUUCUGCAGAGAUAACUAAUAUCUCCACAUUUUGAAAAUAAAGCAACAGACUUCUUAAUAAUCAAUGAGUUAAAUAAGAAAAUCAGAGUUUAAGUAAAUGUUUUAAAUUGACUGAUAAUAUAAAUAUUACAUAUUAAACUAUGAAAUUGGAAAACUAUGGACCAUGAAUGAAUAAGGAAAGAAAAAUCUAAAAAAUUAAUGACCUUGGCUAUCAUAUCAAGAAUUUAGGAAAAGAAUAAUACAUUAUUCCAAAAGAAGGUGUAAGACAGAAUCAUAGUGAGGAGAGGAGCUAUUAAUGAGGACGAACAAAACUUGAGCCGGGUGCUGUAGCUCCUUCCUGUAAUCCCAGCUACUCCAAGGCUGACACAGGAGGACUGCUUGAGCCUAGGAGUCUGAGACCAACCUGGGAUG